GCAUUGUCUGUCGCAACGUACAUGUGUAGAAGAAGAAUUGUAUACUCCUUGCUUUCGUUGCGGUUCUAGCACUACGAUAAUACGAUAAUAAUUAUUAUUUUAUUUUAAUUUUAUUUUAUUUGUAAUACUAUUGUCAUCAUUAUCAUCAUCAUUAUUUCUAUUGUAUUACUAUAUUGCAACAUAUAUAAUAUAUGAUCAUCACCAUCGCCGUCGUUGUUACUAUUACCGCUGCUAUUGUUAUUAUUAUUAUUAUCAUUAUUAUUAUUAUUAUUAUUAUUAUUAUUAUUAUUAUUACUUAUUACUUAUUAUUAUAUUGUCACUAAUCCAUACUAUUAUAGCAAAAAAAACAUUACGGAGAUUACUACUGCUAUUGCUGCUUCUACUACUACUGCUACCAACACCACUACUACUGCUACUGCUGUUGCUACUAUUACUAUUCCUAUCAUUAUUAUUAUUAUUAUUAAUAGUAGUAGUACUAGUAUUAUCAUCAGCAUUGCUAUCAUAAUAAUAAUUACUAUUAUUGGCUGUAAUAUAUGGCUGACAUCGUUUCUGCUGCUGCCUUCGUUAUCAUCAUUUCAUUGUCAAUGCCAUCGUUGCUCGUCAUCGUCGUUGAAAUCAUCAUCAUUACUAUCAUUCUCCAUCCCCGUUAUAAUGAUAAUGUUAUAUUAUUAAUAUUAUUAUGCAAAAUUUUUUAAAAUAAAUAAUAGUAUAUAAAAGAGAUAAAUUUUAUUAAUUUUUUUGAAGUGACGAUUACUCGUUUAAUUAAAUAUGUUUUAUGAAAUCGUUGAAAUAUACACUGCCAAUCUUGUCAUCAUUUCGUAUAAAAGUUACAUAAAUUCUUACUAAAGUUUCUUCCAUAAUUCUAUAAAAAAGAUGAGAGUACAAAUCAAUAAGAAUUUUAAUUUUUCUGAAAUAAAUUUAAUAAAAAAAUAUUGUUAUCGCUUAAUUACUUUACACUUCUUCAUAUGAGUAUCUCCGUAAAAAGCUUAAUAAUCAUAACUGUAAAUGUAUGAACAAUAGCGUGAAAGCACGCGCUUGAAAAAUAGUUGAGACACCGGUGCCUUUGACUUACUGCCAUAAAUAAAUUUGUAUUUUCUCGGAUAGUUCUGAAUAAUAUCGCAAGUGAUUAUUAUGGCUUCAAAAAUAAUUAGUCAAAUAAAUCAGUCUUCUAUUAUUUCAUUCAUUGUUAUUACGCAUUGUAGCUAAUAGCUUAUAAUAUCAGUAAUAGUACUAAUAGUAGUAGUGCCAAUAGUAAUAGUAGUAGAAGUAGUAGUAACAACACCUCUUUGUUUAUGUGAUUAUUAUAACAGUAUAGCAUUAUGGAUUGUAACAUUAACAUAUAAUUAGUUAUUGUUCUUGAUACUGUUACUGAUGUUACUACAGCGUUUAAUACUACAAUAAUAUUCUUCCAGUAGUAUUGCUUCAUAUUUCUUAAUACAUAUAUCACAUUUUAUAUUCAUUAUAACAUAUACCAUUUUCCGAUAUUUAGCUAUAAUUUUCAUGAUAUUUCAUUACAUUUCAUUAUCUUUUAUUAAUGAUACCAAUAUUACUUAAAAAUACUACCACUAACCGUCGUCGUUGUCAUCGUCGUUGUUGUCAUCAUUAUCAUUCUAAUCAUUGUUAUAAAUUUGAUAUACCAAUUUUACGAUACUCUCAAUUAGUAUAAUAGAGCGUACCUUUAUAAUCAUAAUCGAUUGUCAUUAUCAUUGUCAUUGAUAUUAUUACCCUUAUUGUCAACAUCAUCGCUAACGAUAUAGACAUCAUUACUUUCACACAUAUAUUAUUAAAUAAUAUUAUCCUUACAAGUGAAUAUUUAGCGGCUGACAACACAUGGAUGAAGAAAUCGAAGGACAUUAAAAUUAAUGGGGAAUGAGAAAAGUGCCCUUAAUGGGCUGAAAAUUGACGAAAAACCUGUGGAAAUAACUGAUUUUUGGACGCAUUAUAUGGCCUGUGUGAAUGGUUACAAUGCACAAAGGAUUUCAGUGUUUGUCAGUGAGCCAUCUUUACAUUAUAAUGCAAAUUUUGGAAAUCCAUCGCCCUUAGAGAAAGCUGCAAAGAGUCUAAUGUUAUAUAGACAUCCAUGUAUAUUGAAGUACGUUUCUUCAUGGUCAAAAGGUAGUAAAUUUUUUCUAGCUACUGAACAAGUUAAACCUUUAAUUCAAUCAAUAGAAACCCAGAAUACACUGCAAAUAUGCAUGGGCUUAUAUAGUAUUUUACGUGCAUUGGUUUUUCUUCAUGAAAAAGCAUUUGUAUCUCAUAAUAAUCUUUGCGAAAGUUCUAUUUAUGUUACACCUGAGGGAUGUUGGAAACUUGGAGGUCUGGAAUGUCUAUGUAAAUUUAAUGAUUUGACUUCUUCUUAUUUACAAAAAAUAAAAAGCUACAGAUACGAGAAAGCGAUUUCUACUAACGAAGAUGCAACUAUCACUUUAACAAAUUUUACAACUAUUGAUGUAUAUGCAUUUGGAGUUUUAGCUGAAGAUAUAUUGAGACAAAAGGAUCCAGAUGAUGUACCUAGUCUUUUAGAGUUUAAACAGUUCUGUAAAGAAAAUCUGCAAAAUCCAGAUCCUUCUCUAAGGUGCGAACUGUCCCAUGUACUACAACAUCCAUUCUUUACCCAUGAUUUUAUGAGAAUAUAUGCAUUUUUAAAUGAGUUAGUGUUAAAAAGUAAUAAGGAAAAAGAAAUAUUUUUUGGAACCUUAAUAACACAAUUAAGAAUGUUUCCUGAAAAUAUUGUAGCUGAACAAUUAGGUCGUUUACUUCUUUCAAGAAUGGUUUUAUUAGAUACAACAGCACAAGAACAGCUUUUACCAUUUAUAUUAAAACCAAAAGAUGGAAAUGACAAUACCGAUAGCAACUUAUUUUCAAUUUCUACAUUUAAGGUCUAUUUGGUACCCAAACUAUUGCAGAUGUUUUGUAUAAGAGAUGUAUCAAUACGUUUAGUACUUUUGUCAUAUUUCAAUUCUUUUGUGCAUAUAUUUCAAGUAGAUGAGUUGAAAUCUCAAGUACUUCCUGAAUUACUUGUUGGAAUUAAAGACACAAAUGAUCAUCUUGUAUCUGCAACAUUAAAAGCAUUAGCUGACAUAGUUCCAAUCUUAGGCGCUGCCACAGUAAUCGGUGGUAAUAGAGGGAAGUUAUUUACAGAUGGACGACCAAAUAAACUGAAAGAUAACAAGAAAACUAAGAACGAUAUAAAUGUUGAAUUCGUGGUUCCUACGGAUAGUAUUCAAAAAGUAAUUGAUUUACCUGAAAGGCCAUCUCCAGAUGGAGGUGAAGAUAAAAAAGAGAUUACUUCUUCCAUUAUCGAAGAAGAAUACACGUGGCCUGAUUGGGACAUACAAGAAACUGCAGACGUGCAUGCUCGAAUUUCACAGUCUUCCGACGCAAUUUUUCAAUCUCAGUCCAGUUCCAAUGAUAUUUCGAUUUUGGAUUCAACAUUAAGGAUUACUACAGAUGCAGUAUUAAAUAUAGAUAAAAAUAAAACAAGCGAAUUGAAAUUAACAAAGAAGUCAGCUGGUAUUAUAUCCGAUAUUUCAGAGCUUGAUAUUAAAAAUUCAAAAUUAAUAGAUACUUGUAAAGAAGAAUAUGAUUAUUUCACAGACAUGGAGCCUGUGAUAAAGAAGACACAGAUUUUACACAUACAACAACCACAAAUAUUAUCAAAAAGUGUAUUUGACAUAAAAGCUCUAAAUGGAUUAGAAACAUCUGAAGAGAAUAAUGGCUGGGAAGAGGAUUUAAGCGAUUGGGGAACAGAAGAUGUUCAUGAAAUAAAAACUUGAAUAAAUAUAUAUUACUCCUUAUAA